AUGCUCGGCUUCCAGUACGUCGUCGCCAAGUCGCGCGAGCUCUCGUCGGCGCUCGACCGCGAGCUCUCCGCCGUCAGCAGCCGCGCCGUUCCCUUCCGCAGCGUCCCCAGCAGCGCCUCUGUCGAAACAGCGGCGUCGAACGGCGCAGGGGCGGCGACAGACGCUCCCGCAGCGUCCCCUGUGCUCGACCGUCAAGAAGGCCACGCGUUUCUGGCGGUGCACCACCAGCGACACGCACAGGCCGUGCGGAACCACCAGCAGCUGCUAAAACAGGGGCACGCACUCGACGCGGCCUUGAGCGCUGCUCGCCUGAAGCUCGAGACUGAAGCACAGAGUGAACAGUACGUGACGCAGCACUUUCAUCUCGUGUCGAACGUGCGGCAGCAGCUCGCGCAAGUCCGGACGCUGGUGCUCCACGUGGUCGAAGAGGCCGACCACGUCGAGGGUUUGCUCCUGGAGCGCUGUGAAGAGCGCGCAGCGCUGCAGAACGCAGAGGUUGCAGCGACGCAGCAGCAGGAGCUCGAGCGCUUUGAGCUGAGCAUUGCCGAAGAGUCCGAAGGUCGUCGACGGGAGUUGCGCGAGAAGAGGCGCGAGAAGUUGGCGAGUGCGUUUGCGAGCGAUCUCAGGAGGUAUCAGACGCUCGGGGAUCGCCUCGAAGAUGCCGGCGGUACGAAAGGAAGGAUGGUGGUGACAGAGGAGGACGGGGGAGUGACGCUGGACGAAGUGGAUUUGGUCGUUGCGGCCUAUGCGGCGCAGUUGGACGCGUUCUACGACUCGGGAUCGGAACGAGACGAGGAAGAAGGUGUGGACGCGAAGCCUCGGACAUCUCUGGCGUCGGAAGUGCGGGGAAAAGAAGGAGCAACGAGUGACGAGACGACCGCCGUGGUCCAAGAGGUGGCUGCGGCAGGAACAGGUGAUGCAUCGAUGGUGCGUCAGUAG